CGUGCAUGCAGAUCACUUUUCAUGUUCCUGUGCUUCCGCUACCCAGCAACGGCUGCAAGAUGUCGCCAAGAGAACAAUCCUUUUAUUCUGAUUUCAAUUUUUUUAUUACAUAUUUCGAGAGAUUCCCCUAACCAUUGUUUCCUCAGACACGCCUACUAUAGCGCAUGACGAUGCCUCUGUUCACGCCCUUCAUGAUGUUAGCCUUUGGGCUUGCGCCCAUUGUUAUUGCUGAUAAGCUGCUGGUAUCACACUACAGUGGGCAAGUCUACUCUCUAGAUUUGACAGUCAGUGGUAGCGUUGGUACCUUGAAGUCUACCUCUUCAACUGGUGGCUGUGGAAAGAUGCCAUCAUGGCUUACUCUUGACUCUGACAAAGGUAUACUCUACUGUUUCGACGAGUCCGGGGCGGGCCAGCAAGGCAUUAGCGGUGGAGUGGUGACCUCGUAUACCGUCAAUACAGAUGGUUCUCUGAAGCAGGUAGGACAAGCAAAAACAUUAGGUGGAGAUGUCCACGGGUGGUUCUAUGGUGGUUCAGACGGCCGUGGGUAUAUUGCGGCGGCCGAAUACGAUGCCUCAACUAUCACAGCCUACAAGCUGCCACUGUCAUCUAGCAGCCAAUCGCUGCAAAAGGAGACUUUCACGAUGUCUAAGCCAGGCCCGAACGCAGGCCGACAAAACAAGCCUCAUCCGCAUUCAGUCAUUACGGACCCCACAGGCAAAUACGUACUAGCACCAGACCUUGGUGCUGAUCUCGUUCGUAUAUUCAGCAUCGACGCUGCCAGUGGCAAACUCACGGCUUGCUCUGCUGGACAGGCUGGCUCUGGAGACGGUCCUCGCCACGGCGCUUGGUGGUCGCCCCAGGCUGGAGCAACUGAUGGACAGAUGCUGUACACGGUCAACGAGCUGGGCAAUUCGGUUUCCGCAUGGAAGGUAACUUAUCAGAGCUCUGGCUGUUUGACACUGGCCAAGACCCAGACACUCUCUACAUACGCGGCUGGAAAGUCGGCACCAUAUGGUUCUAAGGCCGCAGAAGUGCACGUGUCAGGCAACUUCUUGUAUGCAGUCAACCGCAACGACAAGACAUUUGGUGCAAAGGAAGACUCGAUUGCGACAUACAGCAUCGACGCUGCUACUGGUGCUAUCACUUUUGUGGAGGCCACAAGUGCUCAUGCCUGGUAUCCCCGAACGUUCGCCAUCAACAAGGCGGGCACCCUUGUCGCUGUUGGCGGGCAGACAUCGUCCAAUAUUGCUAUUAUUCAGCGCAACACGACCACCGGGAGGCUUGGUAGUCUCGUUGCUAAUCUGGCGAUUGCGACGCCAGGAACGGAUGGCGGUGAGGAUGGACUCAGCGCUGUCAUCUGGGAUGAGUGAUGGGGACACUAAGCAAGGCAAGGCUCACAUCUUUUUCUAAAACGUCCUAGUCGUUGAGAUAUAAGUUCCCAUAUAUCCCUUAUCAGAAAAGCGUUUCGCCAUCCAACUGCACUUUGGAAAGUUGCAAUUCAUGUCAGCUACAUUGAGAUUUAUAGCUUCGGGUUCGGAGGUUUGAUGAAAUCAGAAGAUCAUAACUCAACGGGCGGAUCGACAGCACCACUAGCCCUUGAGCUGUAAGGACAGUACUCACUGCUGAAGACACACGCUUUCAAGUAAACCAAACGCUUUUAUUGAUGUCCAAGCCAAGCUCUCCAAAAGUCCCAAAAUGGUUGAAU